AGAAGCAACUCUUCAAGCCACCAUAAGCCCAUUUAACCAUAAGAAGACUACUUGACAACAACAUGGCUUAUCAAAUCUAUCUUCCCAACCAAUGUGUCAAAAGCAUAAUGUGAGACAUCUCCAAGUCUUGUGCUGAAUAUCAUAGAUCUUUCUAGACUGUAAAUAGAUACUACAUUCUUUCUCCCUUCUCUCUCCUCCCUUGCUGGAAUCCUGCAACACAUGAAGUUCUCAGCUGGCAUUGAAUUUAACACCUGGUGUUGAAAUUGCACUCCAAUACAAUUUGUUGUGGGUGAAUCCAUCACCUUUCAUUAUAUAAAUUAUGUCUGACUCCUGGUCCUAGGUCUAAUUACAUGGAGCAUGAUAGAGGAAUUGUUAGAGGCCCAAUGGGUUUACUGUAGCUGGCACUGGCAAUGGAAUUUUGGUCAAUAUUGGCAAUCCUCAAAUAAGCUUUUGAUACUCCUCUUCCCCAUAAACCCUGUUACCGAAUUUACCUGCUACACUUCUGGAAAGAGAGCAAAGGUACUUAAGGAUGGAGGAAAGCUGACCUUUUGAGACACAGUUUUAAAAUGUAUUACUAAGGAUAAUCCACAGCAUCACUUAAUAGGCCAGAAAACAAUCCGGUAACUACCAGAUAUUGUUUGCUUUGAUACUUGAGUUCACAGCAUGCAUCUAAUUCAUACUCAGUAAUUUAAAUUUCAGCCUAGGAGAGCCCCAGAAAGUACAGUUUUCUUGUGACUAGCCAUUUUCUGCCUAGGGCUGCAUCAUAGAUGAUGUCACAGUAUAGAGCCUUUGUUUUCUGAAGGUUCUGAUAUUUCCUGCCAUUUGACCUAGUGAUCAGUAUACAGAGAUGGGAUUUAAAUGAGGACCUGGAGAGAAAAUGUCGGUAAGAGGGAAUACAAGUUUUGGAUCUGUGCCAUCAAAGAAAAGAACAGUAUUCAAGCCCAGCAGCAAACACAGAGAGGAGAAAGAUUCAGCUCCAAGAAGGAUAGUGAAAGAAACCAGAGCAGUUGUCAUAGAUAUUGGUACUGGCUCUUGCAAAUGUGGGUUUGCAGGAGAACCAAAGCCAACCCAUGUGGUUUCAUCUACUGUAGGUAAGCAUCUCCAGGAGACUGCAAAAACAGGUGAUAAUAGGAAAGAAACCUUUGUUGGCAGAGAACUUGCAGAUGCAACAAUACCCCUGAAGCUUGUCAACCCUUUGGUACAUGGAAUCAUAGUGGACUGGGAUACCAUUCAGGACAUAUGGGAAUAUCUUUUCCAUGAGGAAAUGAAAAUUCGGCCUGAGGAACAUGCAGUUUUAAUAUCGGAUCCUCCGCUGAGUCCGACCACCAACAGAGAAAAGUAUGCAGAAAUGCUCUUUGAAACCUUUAACACCCCAGCCAUGCACAUUGCUUACCAGUCUAGAUUGUCGAUGUAUUCCUAUGGAAAGACAUCUGGCCUUGUCGUGGAGAGUGGCCAUGGUGUUUCUUAUGUGGUUCCCAUUUAUGAAGGCUAUACUUUGCCUAACAUUACUGAAAGGGUGGAUUAUGCUGGGUCGAAUGUCACUCAGCAAUUGAUGAAUCUCUUAAACCAUUCUGUGAAAAUGUUCACGGAGAAGGAUUGGCGUGUCUUGGAAGAUAUCAAAGAGAACUAUUGCUUCACUUCACUGGAUUAUCCACAGGAUGCAGCUGCACCUUCUAGGAAGCAUGAGAUUGAAUAUGAACUUCCUGAUGGGCAAACCAUCAUUAUUGGCAAAGAAAGAUUUGCAUGUACGGAAAUACUCUUCAAGCCCUCCAUGGUAAACUCCCAACAGCUGGGGCUUCCUCUCCUGACCAUGACGUCUCUGAAUAAAUGUGAUGUUGCCCUCAAAAAGAACCUGAUGGGCAACAUCCUGUUGUGUGGGGGCUGCACCAUGAUCAAGGGCUUUGCUGACCGCUUCCAGAGAGAGCUUGUUCGAAUGUGUCCAAAUGAUAAUCCCAUUUCAUCGGCUUCCCCUGAAAGGAAAACGUCAGUAUGGACUGGAGGCUCCAUCCUGGCAUCCCUCAAAGCAUUCCAACAGCUCUGGGUUCACAGGAGAGAAUAUGAAGAGCGGGGCCCUUUUUACAUUUACAGGAAAUGUUUCUGAGCUCCUAAUAUAUCUUGAGUCUGUUCCUUGCAGCCAAAACCUGCUUAACUAGAGCUGGAAUAAUCUGAGAAGGCUCACACUUUCUUUUUCAGCUUUACCUACCAAAAUAUAACUUGGUCUGUGAACACUAGUAAUGGUUUCCUUGCUGUUCUCCCGCUAUUAAAAGUUCCUUGUUGUA